AUGCAUAUUAUAUUUCGCCUUCUCUUACUUGUGGCACUCUUUACGACGCUUAGCUAUAGUCAAGGCGCUCGUGGUGGAACUCGAACUGGUGGAAUUCAAAUUCGUGGAACUCGGAGUAUAAGUAAAUCUUUCAUCCACAUAGGAAUAGUUUCAAUAAAGUAUAUGGAUGAAUUCUAGGUAGAACAGUCAACGGAAGUUGUGUAGGAUCGAAUUGUCAGUCAACGGGAAUUAUUGUUGGCAGUACAAUCUGUAGUAUUUUUGCCUUUAUUGCGAUUAUUUUCUUCUCUGUUCACUGUUACCGUCGAUAUCGACGUCGACAGUUACAGUCAAAUGCUAAAAUCAGCUAUCAAAGCGACCAUAGAAGCGAUAGAACAAUCCAUUCGAUGAAUGAACUAGCAUAUUUCAAAAGUGGAUAUUGGACGAGUCGAUAUUAUCAAUAUGGUCGUUGGCAUGGGCCUCAUAAAAUGUCACUCAUGUUUGAUCAGUAUACAAGUAGAGUGACUGGACAUGGAAAUGAUGACGUCGGUCCGUUCACUAUUAGUGGAACAUUUUCUGUAGAAAAGCAGCAGAUAGUGUUGAACAAAAGUUAUCAACCAGAUGCUGGUGAUCUUAAAGAAAACUUUGGACAUACAGUAACUAUAAAAUUGACUUGGAACCAAAAUAAUGCACAAUUCGAAGGCAAAUGGCGUGUGGAAACUAAUAGCUACCGCGCUAAAGAUAAAUUCGAACUAAAGCUUGGAGAGUCUUCGUGAAGAAACCUUUAAAAAAGCGGACAAAGUGAAACAUUUGCUUUAACACAUUCAACGCGAUGGAUCCCACGGGCGGAACCCACUAUAUUUUACGAAGAAAAUGAUUAGAAAAACAUUUUCUUUUGAUUUUUUUUCUUUAGUCACAAGAUUAUGUAGGUGUGGGGUGUGGGUGUGGGUAUUACUCAUCACUUCAAUAAUCAAACCCACACCCACACACCUACACCCACACCCACAAGCACACCACCACAUCCACACCCACACCACACACCCACACCCACACCCACACACCCACACCCC